UGAAACUCGAUUUGACGAACUUGCACGAUCGAUUUGUCUACUCGCGAUAAACUCUCGCUUCGAUCGAUCGUCGUCCUGAUCGAUAAGAUUUGACCAGAGCUUCGAGAAAAAUCGCUCGAGAACAAUCGAUAAUCUCACAUCGAUCAUUUUCGAAUACGAAACGAAGUUUGAUUCAAGUCUCUACACACACACACACAUGUGACUCAAUAAUUUUCACGUUUUAAAAAAGAGGCAGAACAAAAAACAUUGAACCUACAUCUCAAUUUUCCGAGCGUUCGAGAAUUGUCUACGAGGUUAAAGAUCUCGAUAUAUCGCGAGAUUGUCUCCUUGCGAGUAUAGGUUCCUGCAAUUCUGUAACUCUCCGUUCGACACGACACGAGGGAGACGUGCUUCGCUGUUUCUCGGUCAAAGAUCCGAGUUACGUUGUCGGGUUUGUGAAAAAACGUCGUAGAAGAAGAAAAAGCCGCGUUUAUCGGCGCUUUAUCAAUUUUUAGUAUAUCAUGGCGAUAAACAUACCAUACGAGGCGAUCGGCAAAGGCUUCGUCCAACAAUAUUACGCGCUCUUCGACGACCCGGUGCAGAGGCCGAAUCUCAUAAACAUGUACAACACGGAAACGUCGUUUAUGACGUUCGAAGGUUUGCAGAUCCAGGGUGCUAUAAAAAUCAUGGAAAAGUUAACCAGUUUAUCCUUUCAAAAAAUAAAUCGGAUAAUAACUGCAAUCGAUUCACAACCCAUGUUUGAUGGAGGUGUUCUCAUUAAUGUAUUAGGAAGGCUGCAGACUGAUGAGGAUCAGCCUCACGCGUACAUCCAGACAUUUGUCCUGAAGCCAAUUGGUACCAGCUUUUAUGUGCAACACGACAUCUUUAGACUCGCAUUACACGACACGGCAGAUGAAGAUCCACCACAUGCCUUCUCACAGUGUUUUGUGCUGAAACAGGUGGGAAAUUCAUUCUACUGUCAGCAUGACAUCUUUCGCCUUGGCAUUCACGAUACCGCAUGAACAAGGAAGAUCGCCGGGUUGGUUUGCGCGACGAGUAAUUUAAUUCUGUAGUCCAAUCAACAAUGGACAAGUGAUACUUUGUAUAACUUAUAAGAGAUAUUGGUACCAUUUUAUUAAAAAAAAAAAAAUCAGUUCAGUAAUUUAA